AGGAAUAACGAAUAACCCAAAUAGUCCUAACUUAUUAGAAAUAAUUCAGGAUUGACGGAAUUUGUUGGCCAGUCUUCACCUAGUUCACACCAGAUGGUCUUUGUGGGAGGAUGAGUGACAUACCGUUAUGAAUUUCGUUUGUGUUUAAUCAAAAUCUAUAAUAUUAUGAAUCCUGUCUGAUGAAUAAACAGUAUGAAGCCUUUUGGGCGCCAGAGGAAGUUGUGGAAAUUUUUUGCAUCGUUUGCCCUUUUGGUCGUGAUUUACGUCAUGCGUGAUAGAAAUUUGAAUACUGUAUACAACAAUACCGUGCGGUGUGCCAACGGAUAUAAUGCAGAAGGAAGUUGUAAAGAUUCUGAUCGAAUGCAAGUAAACCGUGAGGCAAUCGGGCGAAAUUUAGAAUCAGUUCCAAAUGACGAAACCCACCAUUUUCAUACCGACACAAUCGCAACGGAAGCAAUAUGGCCUGGUAUCGUUGUUUACAAUCGGGUACCAAAAUGUGCCAGUUCAACAUUGCGUCAACUCAUAACGAGAUUACAGAGAAGAAACAAAUUUCGAUAUGAAAUUCAUAACUGGCCUAAUGUGAAGCAAUCAUUGACAAGCAAUGAAGAAAGCGAAUUAGUUGGACAAGUGACGUCACUACCUCAACCAUUAUUAUUUUUACGUCACCUGCACUUUGUUGACUUCGAAAAGUAUAAUGUAACGAAACCGGCCUAUAUCAAUAUGAUCCGCCACCCUAUUAAUAGAUUUGUGUCGCAUUAUUACUUUUCACGUUUUGGUUUUGUAAAUUGGACGGAAGAAAAAAUCAGAAAAUGGUUAUGGCCAAUGUCUAAAGAACGACGAGAAAUGAGUUUGGAUGAAUGUGUAAAAAACGGAGCGGAAAAGUGUGUUGUAGAAAAUCAUGAAAAUUUCAUGCAAUUCUUUUGUGGGCAAGAUGUAAGAUGCAAAAAUCGCGAUGACUGGGCGUUGGAAAAAGCCAAAACCAAUAUUGCUAAGAAUUUUGUCUUCAUUGGAGUUUUGGAAAAGUUUGAAGAUUCAAUCAAAGUGGCGGAGACUAUUUUACCAAAGUACUUUACUGGAGCAACAAAUAUAUUUCAAGCUUCUCCAAACAGUGGAAGUCACACAAAAACUGCCAACAAAGUGAAGCCUACAAAUGAAACUGUUUCGGUUUUAUCUGUUGCUUUGAGUAGAGAAAUUGAACUCUAUAAUUUUGUUAAACAAAGACUUGAUUUUCAAAUAACGUUUUUGAAAAAAUCUGGCAAAAUCACGUGACCACAAAUCAACGUAAUGAAAGCUGGAAUGAAUGAACGAACCAACUAACACGUAGAAGGUUGUUAUACCAUUGAUGACUUAACAACCUGUUAACAUUCCUGUUAAGGUAUCAAUGGUUAUACGUAAGAACAUUCAGAAAUAUGCCUGACGUCUUCAUAACACAAAGGUUAUGUGCUCUACAGUCUACAAUAUGGAAUGAUAGAGUCAAUGAACGCCGCAAAAAAUUGGUGGACACUGCUGGCAAAAUUUUGAUAUCUCAGGUACUGGAAGUGAUAUUUGAUCUGAUGUUCCAAAAUUCAAAAAUACGUCUACACUAAAUGAACCGAUAUUUAUUUCACUAUGAAACGCAUAAUUUAUAUAUACUAUGUAAUAUAUUGGUUACGGAUUAUGCAAUAUUCUGCGUCAAUCAGUGUGGAGCAUAAUGAACCUGCUAUGGAGAUUCAGCCCCGGAGAUAAAAUAUGAAGAACGUGUCCUAAAGUAUUCGUAAAAUAUUUAAGAGAAAUAGUGAAUAAUGUUAAAAAAAUAAGUAAUAAAAAAUAUCAACAAUUUGAA